UUCUCCUCUCUCCACUCCCUCCACCUCCUGCUCCUCCCCUCACCACCACCACCGCCACCACCAAAGAGGUCCAAAGCCUUCCCGGGAUCGGGUCAUCGGCGCCAGUAAAGAGGUAUCAUGGCUCUUCUGACGGACACGAGCAAGACCACCAAGCUAGAACGGUAUAACAGCUAUCUCCGGCGAGUUAACAGCACGAAGCUCCUCGCCGCCUCCUGGAACUUCCUCUUCCGCGCCACCCUCCUGACCGCCAUCGUCCUCAUUCUCCUCUUCACCCUCCACUACCCUCCCCUCCUCGCAGGCCACCACCUCUCCGCCGCCUCCGCCCACUCCCACCGCAGCCUCCUCUCCUCCUCCUACGGCGGCUCCGCCUGGGAGCGCGACGUCCGGCGCUCCGCCACCCCACGCCGCCACGGCGGAAUGACCGUCCUCGUCACCGGAGCCGCUGGCUUCGUCGGCACCCACUGCUCCCUUGCCCUCAAGAAGCGCGGCGACGGCGUCCUCGGCCUUGACAACUUUAACUCCUACUAUGACCCCUCCCUCAAACGCUCCCGCCAAAAUCUCCUCUCCCGCCGCGGCAUCCUCGUCCUCGAUGCCGACAUCAACGACUCCAAUCUCCUCAUUAAACUGUUCGACGUCGUCCCCUUCUCCCACGUCCUCCAUCUCGCCGCCCAGGCCGGCGUCCGCUACGCCAUGCGUAAUCCCCAAUCCUACGUCGCCUCCAAUGUCGCCGGCCUCGUCUCCCUCUUCGAGGUCGCAGCCAAGCACGCCGACCCCCAACCCGCUAUCGUCUGGGCCUCCUCCUCCUCCGUCUACGGCCUUAACACAGCCGUCCCCUUCUCCGAGCUCCACCGCACCGACCGCCCCGCCUCCCUCUACGCCGCCACCAAGAAGGCGGGCGAGGCCAUCGCCCACACCUACAACAACAUCUACGGCCUCUCCAUCACCGGCCUCCGCUUCUUCACCGUCUACGGCCCCUGGGGCCGCCCCGACAUGGCCUACUUCUUCUUCACCAAAUCCAUCCUCUCCGGCGAUGCCAUUACCCUCUUCAAGACCCGCGACGGCGCCGACGUCCAGCGCGACUUCACCUAUAUCGACGACGUCGUCAAGGGCUGCCUCGGAGCGCUCGACACCGCCCAGAAGAGCACCGGCAGCAGAGGCGGCAAGAAGCACGGCCCCGCGCAGCUCAGGGUCUACAAUCUCGGCAACACGUCGCCGGUGUCGGUGGGGAAGAUGGUUGCUAUCUUGGAAGAGUUGUUGGGGAAGAAGGCGAAGAAGAACGUCGUGACGAUGCCGAGGAACGGCGACGUGCCGUACACCCAUGCGAACGUUAGCUUGGCGGAGAAGGAUUUCGGAUACCGGCCAACGACCGACCUCGCCACCGGGCUCCGGCGGUUCGUGAAAUGGUACGUGGAAUACAACGGGGUGGCGGUUUCCCGUGCUAAGGGAAAGGGGAAGGGUGGCGUCCGCGAGGAGCGGAGGGGAGUGGAUACAGCGGGGGUUGCAUCGGCGUAGGAUGCGACGGGUGUCGGUGGGCGACGCAUGGACUUUGUAAGCGGGUACUAUGAUGCGUUUUAUUAGGAUCAAAGAUUGUAAUAAAGAUGGCGAUAGAAGGGAAAGCAGAAAAAGACUGAAUUAGAGGUCCUGGGAUUGAAGAAGGAUGACAUCUCGGAUCCUCUCUUUUUAGUUUUAUUUCUUAAAAGUAUUCUUGGUUAGUUUUCCAACGAUUUGUGCAACUUUGUGGAUUCUGUUUGUCAAAGGGAAAAAAAGAAAAAAUGAAAAGGUUUUACUGUUGGAUGUAAAUCCAUACAGUUUUAGUUUACGUGCA